AUGUGCCGCCCUUUUCUGCUCGCCAUUCUCGGGCUCGUCGUCGCCGCCGUCGCCAUCUCCGACGAAAGGCAGUUUAUCCACUAUCGAUGCGAUCCGACGAUUGAUGCGCUGACGAAGGACAAAUGCCAGCACGACGAAAAGAAGAGAAGCUCUGAUGCGGUGACGCUCUGGUUUGCGCUUGCGUGCAGUGUCUACGAGCGGCCCGCCGUCACGCCGGCGUCGUCGUCGGCACCUCCGGCCCUCGUCCUCAUCAACCUCAUCGCCGCCAUCAUCUACCCCUUUUGU